CGGCGGCAGGAUUUCUUAAUUAACAAGAACACUAAACUUAGUCAGUAAAGUUAAAUAUGUGAUGGAGGUGAUUUUUAUCUUCUUUUUCAAAAAAGAAGGAAGUAUAUUACUCAAAGUCCUCCAUCAUUCUCUGAGAUACCAACGUAGUGGUCCGAGAUAAAUUCAUAAAAUCGACAAUUUUAUCAGAGCAACACCGCGACAAAUCGAUGGCCAUUCCAGGGUAGAGGCAAAAGAAAGGGUCCAAGUAUCAGUUUUUACGUUUCCAUUUAAUGUUAAAUCUUAUCUUAUCAACAUUUGGAUAGCCCGUACAUUGAGCAAUUGCGAAAAAUCGGUUUAUCAUUGGAAAGUGUUGACUACGGAUCGGUUUCUGGAAAUACGAAUAAGUUUUGUUCUGAAGUUUUGAAGAUGGGGAGUACUGGCGCAUGUUGUGCUAAACUUAUCCUUGGUAUACUGAAUACUCUCUUCCUGCUCGUUGGACUUGCUCUUAUCGCGGCAGGUGCCUUGGUUAUAGCAGGAGCUGACUUCAUUGCGUCAGUUCUGAAGGCUUUUAAGGACCUGCCGGUGAUAUCUGACUAUCUAACUAUAGCAGCAUGGGUUCUGGUCGGGAUCGGGAUAUUCCUGGUGGUGAUGGGAAUUCUAGGUGGAUGUGGGGCUUGUUGCAGCAUCAAGGUCUUUCUAAUUAUUUACGUCAUCAUCAUGGUGCUGCUCAUCCUGAUAGAAGUGACCUUUGUAGCUCUCUUGUUUUCUGAUAAGCUUAAAGAAAUUCUUUCGGAUCCACUAAGUAACGAAUUUAAUAAGUAUGAAGAAAUUAUAAGUGGCGGAACUUUAAGCAAAGACGUAGAGAGCAGGGCCAUGGAUCUCCUAUUUACAAGCCUGAAAUGUUGUGGGUGGAAUGGCUAUAGUGAUCUGAAUGGGAAAAAUGUGAUUGGCUGUUGUAAAGCAUUAACGGAGGAUAUACUGCAGAGUAAUCAACAAUCAACUCUCCAGUCCAUACAUGGAAGUUGUACAAAUCCCACCGGAUACCAUUCUAAAGGAUGUUAUACGGCCAUAAUGGACCUGAUUGAGGACAACAAACCAAUGGUCAUCGGAGUGGGCGUGGCACUUUUCCUAUUUCAGAUUUUAUGCAUCUUGUUUGCAAUUUGGAUUGUGAAGGACAGUUCAAAGAUAACCCCAGGUGACUAAGCAAAGGACAUUUGUCAACUGUUGUGUUGAAUGUAGAAUUUGUUUAAUUCAUUUUUUUAAAACUUUCUACUUACUUACUUCUGAGAUUCUUCAUGUCUUUUUUAUGUAAACAAGAGGAACAGGUUUUUUGUUUUUGAAAGUU